CGUGCGCGCGCCGCGCCUUCACGUUCCCCGCGCGACGCGUCUCCUCCCCGCCGGGAGCGCGCUCCUCUCGCCCUCGCGCCGGGUCCCUCUCAGUCUCUUCGAGCCGCACACUCUCCGGAGCUCCUUCCACGGCCGUCGCCUCGGCCGCGGCUCUCUAGCCCGGAAGCUCAGACUCGCCCCUCCGGAGCCGCGUCCCAGGCCUCCUCCCCUCUUUCCGACACUCCCCUUCCCUUUCCCGCCCUUCUCUCCCACCCGGUCCGUCGAGAGAGCCUGGAUACGAAGCAGGCGGGCUUGAGAAGGGAGUUGGGAAAAUGGAGGUGCCGCGCCUGGAUCAUACCCUCAACAGCCCCACCAGCCCCUGUGAGGAGGUGAUCAAAAACCUCAGCCUGGAGGCCAUUCAGCUGUGCGACCGGGACGGGAACAAGUCACAAGACAGUGGCAUAGCAGAAAUGGAAGAACUUCCAGUACCACAUAACAUCAAAAUAAGCAACAUUACAUGUGACUCAUUCAAGAUUUCAUGGGAAAUGGAUUCAAAGUCAAAGGACCGUAUUACACACUAUUUCAUUGACCUCAAUAAGAAAGAGAACAAGAACUCCAAUAAAUUUAAACACAAGGAUGUUCCAACAAAAUUGGUGGCAAAAGCUGUUCCCUUGCCAAUGACUGUCCGUGGACACUGGUUUUUGAGCCCAAGAACUGAGUAUACAGUCGCAGUGCAGACUGCCUCAAAACAGGUUGAUGGUGAUUAUGUUGUGUCUGAAUGGAGUGAAAUUAUAGAAUUCUGCACAGCAGACUAUUCAAAAGUUCAUCUAACACAGCUGUUGGAGAAGGCUGAAGUGAUUGCAGGACGGAUGCUUAAAUUUUCUGUUUUUUAUCGUAACCAACACAAAGAAUAUUUUGACUAUAUUCGAGAACAUCAUGGGAAUGCUAUGCAGCCAUCUGUCAAGGAUAACAGUGGUAGCCAUGGCUCUCCUAUCAGUGGAAAAUUAGAAGGCAUCUUCUUCAGCUGCAGCACUGAAUUCAAUACUGGGAAACCACCCCAGGAUUCACCUUACGGAAGAUACAGGUUUGAGAUUGCAGCAGAAAAACUUUUUAACCCCAAUACUAACUUAUACUUUGGGGACUUCUACUGUAUGUACACUGCUUAUCAUUAUGUGAUUCUUGUUAUUGCCCCUGUGGGAUCACCAGGAGAUGAAUUUUGUAAGCAGCGCCUUCCUCAGCUAAAUUCCAAGGAUAAUAAAUUUUUGACCUGCACAGAAGAAGAUGGGGUGCUGGUUUACCACCAUGCCCAGGAUGUCAUUUUAGAAGUCAUUUACACUGAUCCUGUGGAUCUUUCUCUGGGCACUGUAGCAGAAAUCACUGGUCAUCAGCUCAUGAGUUUGUCUACUGCAAAUGCAAAGAAAGAUCCCAGCUGCAAAACCUGUAAUAUCAGUGUUGGACGUUAAUGCCCACUUUUCUUAUUCUUACUCAGUCCCUUUUCUUCCCUUAGGAGCAUUGAUCCUCUGUUGUCCAUUCUUAUCACCAGAUGUUUUCCACUGAAGCAUGCACAUGCCGCUAUCACCAAAAGCAAAGUGCCAUUUUUCAAAUUUCAUUCAGAGCCGUUCUAGUGUUUCCUAUUCCCUGCCCUUCCCGUUACUUUCAGUGAUGAAAGUUCUCCUCUGACACUUUAUUGCCUAGAUGCUGCAAUGUUUUUAUUUUUCCUUUAUGCCAAACAUAACAAGACAAUUAUAUAAAUGCUUUAGCAAAAUACAAAAUAACAGCUUAUAAAUGGUGUUUAAAUAUGCAUUCAUUUUAAUCUACUGAACAAAUAUUGGGAUAACUCCAAACCGCAUGAAAGGGUGUAAUUGCAGCAUGAGUUAAAUCUUGAAGCCUAGAAUUGUCAACACUUCCAACUUGUUGUUUGACAGUGUUAUUUAUGUUAUUUAUAUUAGCUAACAGGAAACAACUAUUGUGUUUCAACAUAAUAAAUAUAAUAGAAAAAUAUUUUAUUUGUAUUGUUGUAUAAAAUAUUUACAAUCAUAUAGAAUAUAUAGAGUUACAUUUUAAUAGCAAUUGUAUACAUGUCAUGAAACCAUUUCCCUUAUCAAAGAUGUAGUUUGUAAACUUCAAAUAGUUGUGUAUCUGUCCUGUUACAAGUAGAUGACUUCAAUUAAACAAAUUUAUGAAGGA